AUGCAUACUCUGACACCGAAGUGUUUAAAACUAAAACACUAUUUUCGAAUUAAAAAUACCUUUAUACGAAAUAUUCUAUUAAUUAAUAUUUUGCUAUUAUUCACCAUUAUUUCAUAUAAACAUAAUAAACAAUCGUCAUCAAUUAUUUUAACGACAACAUUUUCACCUUCUACUAUCAUUAAAACAAUUAUUUUAGAAAAUGUGAAUUCAUCAAAUGUUAUUUAUAAUAUUAAACAGCAUAUUAAAUCAGAUAUUAUUCAUAAAUAUUUUUAUCAAUCAAAACCGAGAUGUUUUACAUCAAAACAACAAGCACAAAAUGAAAUAAUCUUACGAGCAAUUUUAAUAUAUUUUCCAUACAAUCAAAUACAAACAUAUUUGUCUGAAUUAAAAUGGUUGUAUUUAACAUGGAUUGAAAUUCUAAAAUUACAAUCCAACAAUUUAGGCUGUAAAAAUGGUAGUCGUCAAUCAAAAACUGAACCAUCUGAUUGUUUUGUAAUCAAAUAUUUAUCACUAUAUAAUCCUGAACGAUUAAAUAUUUCUACAAAUCGCAUAAAAUCGCAUGUAGAUCGAAGUCUACUUUUACUAAUAUUAAAAAAUAUGCCAUUUUAUCGUUAUCUAGACUCCAUAGCUAUUCUAUACGAUUCUUACAAUGAUAUUAAACAGUAUGAUUUCGUUCUAAGAACAGAUAUCGACUCAUUUUUGACACCACAGUUCGCAAAUUAUAUUCCAUUUUACUGUACAUUUCAAAUUGGUCAAGGUGGUUAUAGUGAUUCAUAUAAUAUUCGAAAAUUGCACCGUCUUUCAUACAGUAUUGGUCUGAAUUACUCACAUUUAGUAAAUAUUGGCUCAACAUGGUACGGUAAUCCAUCGAAAUGUCUGUUGGUAGCACGGUUGGGUUUAUGGAUUAGUAUCUGGUUGGCAGAACAAGAAUUUACCGAAUACGAAAAAUCUCCCAAAACGGCUGCACACACUUGGCCAGACUGGUACUUUGGGGUUUUAUCAAUGUAUGCUAUUCAUUUAGCCAUAAAUCAUUAUACUUUAAAUGGUUUAAAUUUGGUUCAAAUUCCUGGACUAUUAGAUUUUUCCUCUGUUGAAAAUGUGUCAUUGGUACAACACAUUUGA